AAGAUGUCUGGCCGUGGAAAAGGAGGGAAAGGCUUAGGGAAGGGAGGUGCCAAGAGGCACCGUAAGGUCCUCCGCGACAACAUCCAGGGCAUCACGAAGCCUGCCAUUCGCCGCUUGGCUCGUCGUGGGGGAGUGAAGCGGAUCUCCGGGCUCAUCUAUGAAGAGACUCGAGGCGUCUUAAAAGUCUUUUUGGAGAACGUUAUCCGAGAUGCGGUUACCUACACUGAACAUGCCAAGAGGAAGACGGUGACUGCUAUGGAUGUCGUUUAUGCUUUGAAACGCCAAGGUCGCACCCUGUACGGUUUUGGUGGUUAA